CAGCGGCAGAGCGGCAGUCAGCGCACGCCGCUGCUUAGGGGAAACAGAGGCGCCCGAGGCUGGGGCGCCGCGCACGCCCCGGGAGCCAUGGCUGAAGCGGGAGAAGGAGGCGAGGAUGAGAUCCAGUUCCUGCGGACUGAGGAUGAAGUUGUACUUCAGUGCAUUGCAAACAUUCACAAGGAGCAGCGGAAGUUCUGCCUGGCAGCUGAGGGACUUGGGAACCGCCUGUGCUUCUUGGAACCCACCUCAGAAGCCAAGUUCAUUCCUCCAGAUCUCUGUGUCUGCAAUUUCGUGCUGGAACAGUCCUUAUCUGUCAGAGCACUGCAAGAAAUGCUUGCCAACACGGUUGAAAAUGGUGGAGAAGGGGCAGCACAAGGGGGUGGCCACAGGACCCUGCUCUACGGGCAUGCAAUUCUCCUGCGGCACUCCUUCAGUGGAAUGUAUCUAACGUGCUUGACCACAUCAAGAUCCCAGACCGAUAAACUUGCCUUUGAUGUAGGUCUUCGGGAACACGCCACAGGAGAAGCCUGUUGGUGGACCAUACAUCCUGCUUCCAAACAAAGGUCUGAAGGAGAGAAAGUACGAAUUGGAGACGACCUUAUCCUCGUCAGUGUGUCUUCUGAAAGAUAUCUUCAUCUCUCGAUAUCAAAUGGUAGCAUCCAAGUGGAUGCCUCCUUUAUGCAAACACUCUGGAACGUACAUCCUACAUGUUCAGGAAGUAGCAUCGAAGAAGGAUACCUACUUGGUGGCCAUGUAGUUCGUCUUUUCCAUGGUCACGAUGAAUGUUUGACGAUACCAUCUACAGAUCAGAAUGAUUCUCAGCACAGGAGGGUGUUCUAUGAAGCUGGAGGAGCUGGGACCAGAGCCAGGUCUCUAUGGAGAGUGGAACCCCUUCGGAUAAGCUGGAGUGGCAGUAACAUCAGGUGGGGCCAGGCUUUCCGACUUCGGCAUCUCACCACAGGACACUACUUGGCCUUGACAGAAGACCAAGGCCUUCUUCUACAAGACCGGGGAAAAUCUGACACCAAAUCCACAGCCUUCUCCUUCCGAGCAUCAAAGGAAAUCAAGGAAAAAUUAGAUUCCAGUCACAAGAGAGAUAUGGAAGGCAUGGGAGUUCCAGAAAUCAAGUAUGGGGAUUCUGUCUGCUUUGUUCAGCAUGUAGCCAGUGGCCUUUGGGUCACCUACAAAGCCCAAGAUGCCAAGACUUCCCGCCUGGGACCUCUGAAAAGAAAGGUCAUACUCCAUCAGGAAGGCCACAUGGAUGACGGAUUAACACUGCAGAGGUGCCAGCAGGAAGAGUCACAGGCUGCUCGCAUCAUCCGGAAUACAACUGCCUUAUUCAGCCAGUUUGUCAGUGGAAACAAUCGCACAGCUGCCCCUGUCGCCUUGCCAACAGAAGAGGUCCUGCAGACUCUACAAGACUUGAUAGCCUACUUCCAGCCACCAGAGGAAGAGAUGCAACAUGAAGACAAACAGAAUAAGCUCCGCUCUCUAAAAAAUAGACAGAAUCUUUUCAAGGAGGAGGGGAUGCUGGCCCUCGUAUUGAAUUGCAUCGAUCGAUUAAACAUCUACAACAGUGUAGCACACUUUGCAGGGAUCGUAAGGGAAGAGAGUGGCAUGGCCUGGAAAGAAAUUCUGAACCUGCUAUACAAAUUACUAGCUGCUCUCAUUCGUGGAAACAGAAACAACUGUGCUCAAUUCUCCAAUAACCUUGAUUGGUUAAUUAGUAAGUUGGACAGACUAGAAUCUUCCUCAGGUAUCUUGGAGGUCUUGCACUGCAUCUUGAUUGAAAGCCCAGAAGCCUUAAACCUCAUAGCAGAGGGUCACAUCAAGUCCAUCAUCUCUUUACUGGAUAAACAUGGGCGGAAUCACAAGGUUCUCGAUGUCCUGUGCUCCCUCUGUCUCUGCAAUGGGGUUGCAGUAAGAGCCAACCAGAAUCUAAUCUGUGACAACCUACUACCCCGGAGGAACCUGCUUCUGCAGACACGGCUAAUUAAUGAUGUCACCAGUAUCCGGCCAAACAUCUUCCUGGGAGUUGCUGAAGGCUCACCACAAUACAAGAAGUGGUACUUUGAGUUAAUUAUCGACCAGGUGGAGCCUUUCCUAACAGCAGAGCCCACACAUCUGCGGGUGGGCUGGGCCUCCUCUUCGGGCUAUGCCCCAUACCCUGGAGGUGGAGAAGGAUGGGGAGGCAACGGUGUUGGUGAUGACCUGUACUCCUAUGGCUUUGAUGGGCUUCAUCUUUGGUCAGGCCGGAUACCCAGAGCUGUGGCCUCCAUCAACCAGCAUCUGCUGAAGUCAGAUGAUGUGGUGAGCUGCUGCCUUGACCUUGGAGUACCCAGCAUUUCUUUCCGAAUCAAUGGACAGCCUGUGCAGGGGAUGUUUGAGAAUUUCAACACAGAUGGACUCUUCUUCCCUGUGAUGAGUUUUUCAGCUGGUGUCAAAGUACGCUUCCUGAUGGGUGGUCGGCAUGGAGAAUUUAAGUUCCUGCCUCCCUCUGGCUAUGCCCCUUGCUAUGAAGCCUUACUUCCGAAGGAGAAGAUGAGAUUGGAGCCUGUCAAAGAAUAUAAACGUGAUGCUGAUGGUGUUAGAGAUCUGUUGGGUACCACUCAGUUCCUCUCCCAAGCCUCUUUCAUCCCAUGUCCCAUAGAUACCAGUCAAGUUGUUUUGCCACUUCACCUAGAGAAGAUCAGAGACAGACUGGCUGAGAACAUCCAUGAGCUUUGGGGAAUGAAUAAAAUAGAACUCGGCUGGACUUUUGGCAAAGUGCGGGAUGACAACAAAAGACAGCAUCCCUGCCUUGUGGAGUUUUCAAAGCUCCCUGAAACUGAGAAGAAUUAUAACCUGCAGAUGUCAACGGAAACCUUGAAAACCUUGCUGGCCCUGGGGUGCCACAUUGCUCAUGUUAAUCCAGCUGCAGAAGAGGAUCUAAAGAAAGUCAAACUGCCCAAAAACUAUAUGAUGUCCAAUGGCUAUAAGCCAGCCCCUUUGGAUUUGUCUGAUGUGAAGCUGUUACCACCUCAAGAAAUUUUAGUGGAUAAGCUUGCAGAAAAUGCACACAAUGUUUGGGCAAAGGACAGAAUAAAACAAGGAUGGACCUAUGGCAUUCAACAGGAUUUGAAGAAUAAAAGAAAUCCCCGCCUGGUGCCAUAUGCAUUACUAGAUGAACGCACCAAGAAAUCAAACAGGGACAGCCUGCGUGAAGCUGUGCGGACAUUUGUUGGUUAUGGAUAUAACAUUGAGCCAUCAGACCAAGAACUAGCUGACCCUACUGUCGAGAAGGUCAGCAUAGACAAGAUCCGAUUUUUCCGGGUAGAACGGUCAUAUGCAGUAAAAUCUGGAAAGUGGUACUUUGAAUUUGAAGUGGUAACUGGAGGAGACAUGCGUGUUGGCUGGGCCAGGCCAGGCUGUCGUCCUGACAUUGAGCUGGGGGCUGAUGACCAAGCCUUCGUAUUUGAAGGCAGCAGGGGUCAGCGUUGGCAUCAAGGCAGUGGGUAUUUUGGACGAACUUGGCAGCCAGGAGAUGUGGUAGGGUGCAUGAUUAACCUGGAUGAUGCCUCCAUGGUCUUCACACUGAAUGGGGAGCUGCUCAUCACCAACAAAGGCUCUGAACUUGCCUUCGCAGACUAUGAGAUCGAGAAUGGUUUUGUGCCCAUUUGCUCUUUGGGGCUAUCCCAGAUUGGCCGCAUGAAUCUUGGAAUGGAUGCCAGUACCUUCAAGUUUUAUACCAUGUGUGGACUCCAGGAGGGCUUUGAGCCUUUUGCAGUAAAUAUGAACCGAGAUGUUGCAGUGUGGUUUAGCAAGCGCCUCCCAACAUUUGUGAAUGUGCCCAAGGAUCAUCCCCACAUAGAGGUUGUGAGAAUUGAUGGCACCAUGGACAGCCCUCCAUGCCUCAAGGUGACCCACAAGACCUUCGGCACGCAGAACAGCAAUGCCAACAUGAUCUACUGCCGCCUGAGCAUGCCUGUUGAAUGCCAUUCCUCUUUCAGCCACAGUCCCUGUCUAGACAGUGAAGCCUUCCAAAAAAGGAAACAGAUGCAAGAAAUACUCUCUCACACAACAACACAAUGCUACUACGCUAUCCGAAUUUUUGCUGGGCAGGACCCAUCAUGUGUCUGGGUUGGAUGGGUGACUCCAGACUACCAUUUAUACAGUGAAAAGUUUGACCUGAAUAAAAACUGCACAGUGACUGUCACCCUAGGAGAUGAAAGAGGCCGAGUCCAUGAAAGUGUGAAACGCAGCAACUGCUACAUGGUCUGGGGUGGGGACAUUGUAGCAAGUUCCCAAAGAUCAAGUCGGAGCAAUGUAGACCUGGAGAUUGGCUGCCUUCUAGAUCUGGCAAUGGGCAUGCUGUCCUUCUCUGCUAAUGGGAAGGAACUUGGCACCUGCUACCAAGUGGAGCCUAACACCAAAGUGUUCCCUGCAGUCUUCCUCCAGCCUACAAGCACUUCCUUGUUUCAGUUUGAACUUGGAAAACUGAAGAAUGCAAUGCCUUUGUCAGCAGCCAUAUUCAAGAGUGAAGAGAAGAACCCCAUCCCACAGUGUCCACCUCGGCUGGAUGUCCAAACCAUCCAGCCAGUGCUCUGGAGUCGCAUGCCCAGCAGCUUCCUCAAAGUGGAGACAGAGCGGGUGAGCGAGCGCCAUGGCUGGGUGGUGCAGUGCCUAGAACCCCUGCAGAUGAUGGCACUCCACAUCCCUGAGGAGAACAGGUGUGUGGAUAUCCUUGAGCUCUGUGAGCAGGAGGACCUGAUGCAGUUCCAUUACCACACGCUGAGACUUUACAGUGCUGUAUGCGCUCUGGGAAACAGCCGAGUCGCUUCUGCCCUGUGCAGCCACGUGGACCUGUCACAGCUCUUCUAUGCCAUUGACAAUAAGUACUUGCCUGGCCUCCUUCGGUCUGGUUUCUAUGACCUGCUCAUUAGCAUCCACCUGGCCAAUGCUAAGGAGAGGAAGCUGAUGAUGAAGAAUGAGUACAUCAUCCCCAUCACCAGCACUACCAGGAAUAUCCGCCUGUACCCAGAUGAGUCCAAGAGGCAUGGAUUACCUGGCGUGGGCCUGAGGACAUGCCUCAAGCCAGGCUUCAGGUUCUCUACCCCUUGCUUUGUGGUGACUAAUGAGGAGCAUCAGAAGCAGAGCCCUGAGAUUCCCUUGCAGAUUCUCAAGACAAAGGCCCUGAGCAUGCUGACUGAGGCUGUGCAUUGUAGUGGGGCCCACAUCCGAGACCCUGUUGGGGGUUCUGUGGAGUUCCAGUUUGUGCCUGUGCUGAAACUCAUUGGAACCUUGUUAGUCAUGGGAGUUUUUGAUGACGAUGACGUUCGGCAGAUUCUCCUCUUGAUUGAUCCUUCUGUGUUUGGGGAGCACAGUGGGGAGACAGAAGAGGGAAUAGAAAAAGAAGUGACCCAUGUAGAGGAAAAGGCAGUAGAGGCUGGAGAAAAGGCCAGCAAGGAAGCUCCAGUCAAAGGCUUGCUGCAGACUCGAUUACCUGAGUCUGUCAAGCUCCAGAUGUGUGAACUCCUCAGCUACCUCUGUGACUGUGAACUGCAGCACCGAGUAGAGGCUAUUGUGGCAUUUGGUGACAUUUACGUGUCCAAGCUGCAGGCAAAUCAGAAGUUCCGCUACAAUGAACUCAUGCAGGCCCUGAACAUGUCUGCAGCCCUAACUGCCCGGAAGACAAGAGAGUUCCGCUCACCACCCCAGGAGCAGAUCAACAUGCUCCUCAACUUUCACCUGGGAGAGAACUGCCCCUGCCCAGAGGAGAUCCGAGAGGAGCUGUAUGACUUCCAUGAGGACCUUCUGGUUCACUGUGGGGUUCCCUUGGAGGAAGAGGAAGAGGAGGAGGAGGACACUUCCUGGACAGGAAAACUGUGUGCUCUGGUGUAUAAAAUCAAGGGCCUACCCAAGCCUGAGAAGGAGCAACCAACAGAGGAAGAGGAACCGUACCCUACAACACUGAAGGAACUAGUCUCACAGACUAUGAUCCGCUGGGCCCAGGAAAACCAAAUCCAGGAUGCGGAGCUGGUGAGGAUGAUGUUCAACCUCCUCCGGAGACAGUAUGACAGCAUUGGGGAGUUGCUACAGGCACUGCGGAAGACUUACACCAUCAGCCAGGCCUCUGUGAACGACACGAUCAACCUGCUGGCUGCCCUGGGCCAGAUUCGGUCCCUGCUUAGUGUCAGGAUGGGUAGAGAAGAGGAGCUACUCAUGAUCAACGGGCUAGGGGACAUAAUGAACAACAAGGUGUUUUACCAGCACCCCAACCUCAUGAGAGUCCUCGGCAUGCACGAGACGGUGAUGGAGGUGAUGGUGAAUGUGCUGGGUACUGAGAAGUCACAGAUUGCCUUCCCAAAGAUGGUUGCUAGCUGCUGUCGCUUCCUUUGCUAUUUCUGUCGUAUUAGCCGGCAAAAUCAGAAGGCUAUGUUUGAGCAUCUAAGUUAUCUGCUGGAGAACAGUAGUGUGGGCCUAGCAUCCCCAUCAAUGAGGGGGUCCACCCCACUGGAUGUAGCAGCCUCCUCUGUGAUGGACAAUAAUGAAUUAGCACUGGGCUUAGAAGAACCAGAUCUUGAGAAGGUUGUAACCUACCUGGCAGGUUGUGGCCUUCAGAGCUGCCCCAUGCUUCUGGCCAAAGGAUACCCUGAUGUUGGCUGGAACCCCAUCGAAGGAGAACGCUACCUGUCCUUCCUGAGGUUUGCGGUCUUCGUGAACAGCGAAAGUGUGGAAGAAAAUGCCAGCGUUGUGGUCAAGCUGCUCAUCAGACGUCCUGAGUGCUUCGGCCCAGCUCUGAGGGGUGAAGGAGGAAACGGACUGCUGGCGGCUAUGCAGGGUGCUAUUAAGAUCUCAGAGAACCCUGCCCUCGACCUUCCUUCCCAGGGUUACAAGACAGAAGUCACACAGGAUGAAGAAGAGGAGGAAGAGAUUGUGCAUAUGGGCAAUGCAAUUAUGUCAUUUUAUUCCGCUCUUAUAGAUCUAUUGGGCCGCUGUGCUCCUGAAAUGCAUCUCAUCCAAACAGGGAAAGGGGAAGCCAUUCGGAUCCGGUCCAUCCUGCGUUCCCUGGUGCCCACGGAAGACCUGGUUGGGAUCAUCAGCAUUCCCCUGAAACUGCCCUCCCUCAACAAAGAUGGGACAGUCAGCGAGCCAGACAUGGCGGCCAACUUCUGCCCUGACCACAAAGCACCCAUGGUGCUGUUCUUGGACCGUGUUUAUGGCAUUAAAGAUCAAACUUUCCUGCUCCACUUGCUGGAAGUCGGGUUUUUACCCGACUUACGAGCUUCUGCAUCUCUAGAUACAGUGUCCCUCAGCACCACAGAAGCUGCUCUGGCACUGAAUAGGUAUUUAUGUUCGGCCGUGCUCCCACUCCUUACCAGAUGCGCCCCUCUCUUUUCUGGGACAGAGCACUGUACUUCUCUGAUCGAUUCUACACUGCAGACGAUAUACAGGCUUUCCAAAGGACGGUCCCUCACCAAGGCACAGAGGGACACCAUAGAAGAAUGUUUGCUAGCCAUUUGCAAUCAUUUGAGGCCGUCCAUGUUACAGCAACUCCUCCGCCGCCUGGUUUUUGAUGUACCACAGCUCAGCGAGUACUGCAAAAUGCCGCUCAAGCUUCUGACAAAUCACUAUGAGCAGUGCUGGAAGUAUUACUGCCUGCCUUCGGGAUGGGGGAGCUAUGGGCUAGCUGUGGAGGAGGAACUGCACCUCACGGAGAAGCUCUUCUGGGGGAUUUUUGACUCCCUCUCCCACAAGAAAUAUGACCUGGACCUUUUCCGAAUGGCCCUGCCUUGUCUCAGUGCUAUUGCUGGGGCCUUGCCACCAGACUAUUUAGAUACGAGAAUUACAGCCACAUUGGAGAAACAGGUCUCAGUGGAUGCUGAUGGAAACUUUGACCCCAAACCUAUCAACACCAUGAAUUUUUCCCUGCCUGAAAAAUUGGAGUACAUUGUCACCAAGUAUGCUGAGCAUUCUCAUGAUAAAUGGGCUUGUGACAAGAGUCACAGUGGAUGGAAAUAUGGGAUUUCUCUGGAUGAAAAUGUGAAGACCCACCCACUAAUAAGGCCCUUCAAGACAUUAACAGAGAAGGAGAAGGAAAUUUAUCGCUGGCCUGCCAGAGAGUCCCUGAAAACCAUGCUGGCCGUGGGCUGGACAGUGGAAAGGACCAAAGAAGGAGAAGCUUUAGUUCAACAAAGAGAGAAUGAGAAACUUCGAUGCGUGUCCCAGAGCAACCAGGGCAACAGCUACAGCCCUGCCCCUCUGGAUCUCUCAAAUGUUGUGCUGUCCAGGGAGCUUCAGGGAAUGGUGGAGGUGGUGGCUGAGAACUAUCACAAUAUCUGGGCCAAGAAGAAGAAGCUGGAACUGGAAAGCAAAGGUGGUGGCAGUCACCCUCUUUUAGUACCAUAUGAUACCUUGACUGCCAAGGAAAAGUUCAGAGAUCGAGAGAAAGCACAGGAUCUGUUCAAAUUCCUCCAGGUGAAUGGCAUUCUAGUUUCUAGAGGUAUGAAGGAUAUGGAGCUGGAUGCCUCCUCCAUGGAAAAGAGAUUUGCCUACAAGUUUUUGAAGAAGAUCCUGAAGUAUGUCGACUCUGCUCAAGAGUUUAUUGCUCACUUGGAAGCCAUUGUCAGCAGUGGGAAAACAGAAAAGUCUCCCCAUGACCAGGAGAUCAAAUUCUUUGCCAAAGUUCUCCUCCCCUUGGUUGACCAGUACUUCACCAACCACCGCCUUUACUUCCUGUCAUCUCCUCUGAAGCCACUUAGCAGCAGUGGGUAUGCUUCCCAUAAGGAGAAGGAAAUGGUGGCCAGCCUAUUCUGCAAGCUGGCCGCUCUCGUGAGACACAGAAUUUCCCUCUUUGGGAGUGAUUCAACUACAAUGGUGAGCUGUCUUCAUAUCUUAGCUCAGACACUUGAUACAAGGACAGUAAUGAAAUCAGGCUCAGAGCUGGUGAAAGCCGGGCUGCGAGCAUUCUUUGAAAAUGCUGCCGAAGACUUAGAGAAGACCUCAGAAAACCUGAAGCUGGGGAAGUUUACCCAUUCCCGAACGCAGAUCAAAGGUGUUUCUCAGAAUAUUAACUACACCACAGUGGCUCUGCUUCCCAUCCUGACAUCCAUCUUUGAGCACAUCGCUCAGCAUCAGUUUGGGGUGGAUCUACUCUUGAGUGACGUGCAGAUUUCAUGCUACCACAUUCUGUGCAGCCUCUAUUCCCUUGGGACUGGGAAAAACAUCUAUGUUGAAAGGCAACGUCCUGCUCUUGGAGAAUGUCUGGCUUCCCUGGCAGCUGCUAUCCCUGUGGCAUUUCUGGAGCCCAGUCUUAACCGAUAUAAUCCUCUCUCAGUCUUCAACACCAAAACACCCAGGGAGCGAUCUAUUCUGGGGAUGCCAGAUAAGGUGGAGGACAUGUGUCCUGACAUCCCCCAGCUGGAAGGCCUGAUGAAGGAAAUCAACGGUUUGGCCGAGUCAGGUGCCCGGUACACUGAGAUGCCCCAUGUCAUUGAAGUGAUCUUGCCCAUGCUCUGCAACUACCUGUCCUACUGGUGGGAGCGGGGACCUGAGAACCUGCCCCCAAGCACGGGACCCUGCUGCACCAAGGUCACGUCCGAACACCUUAGCCUCAUCCUGGGCAACAUCCUGAAAAUCAUCAACAACAACCUGGGCAUUGAUGAGGCCUCCUGGAUGAAGCGGAUCGCAGUGUAUGCCCAGCCAAUCAUCAGCAAAGCCCGGCCCGACCUGCUUCGAAGCCACUUCAUCCCCACCCUGGAGAAGCUAAAAAAGAAGGCGGUGAAGACUGUGCAGGAGGAGGAGCAGCUGAAGACGGAUGGCAAGGGAGACACCCAGGAGGCUGAACUCCUCAUCCUGGAUGAGUUUGCCAUCCUCUGCAGGGACCUCUAUGCCUUCUACCCUAUGCUGAUCCGCUAUGUGGACAACAACAGAUCUAAUUGGCUCAAAAGCCCAGAUACUGAUUCUGACCAGCUCUUCCGCAUGGUGGCCGAGGUCUUCAUUCUGUGGUGUAAAUCUCACAACUUCAAGAGGGAAGAGCAAAAUUUUGUGAUUCAGAAUGAAAUUAAUAACUUGGCAUUUUUAACUGGAGACAGCAAAAGCAAGAUGUCAAAAGCCAUGCAAGUAAAGUCUGGAGGACAGGACCAGGAACGAAAGAAGACAAAGAGGCGAGGAGACUUGUAUUCCAUCCAGACGUCCCUCAUCGUGGCCGCGCUCAAGAAAAUGCUGCCCAUUGGUCUGAACAUGUGUACUCCAGGCGACCAGGAGCUCAUCUCGCUUGCAAAAUCACGAUACAGCUGUAGGGACACGGAUGAAGAAGUCAAGGAACAUCUUCGGAAUAACCUGCACCUGCAGGAGAAGUCUGAUGACCCAGCUGUGAAAUGGCAACUGAACCUCUACAAAGACGUUCUGAGGAAUGCAGAGCCUUCUAAUCCAGAAAAGAUUGUGGAGCGGGUGCAGAGGAUUUCAGCCGCUCUCUUCCACCUGGAGCAGGUGGAACAGCCUCUGAGGUCCAAAAAGGCUGUGUGGCACAAAUUGUUGUCAAAGCAACGGAAACGGGCAGUGGUAGCCUGUUUCAGGAUGGCUCCACUCUACAAUCUGCCCAGGCACCGCUCUAUUAACCUCUUCCUCCAUGGCUAUCAGAGAUUUUGGAUAGAAACAGAGGCGUAUUCCUUUGAAGAGAAACUAGUACAGGAUUUGGCUAAAUCUCCCAGGGUUGAAGAUGAGGAAGAAGAGGAGACAGAAAAGCAGCCUGACCCACUUCACCAGAUCAUUCUGCAUUUUAGCCGCAAUGCACUCACCGAGAGGAGCAAAUUGGAAGAUGAUCCAUUGUACACUUCCUAUUCCAGCAUGAUGGCCAAGAGCUGUCAGAGUGGUGAGGAUGAAGAAGAAGAGGAAGACAAGGAAAAAACAUUUGAAGAGAAGGAGAUGGAGAAGCAAAAAACACUGUAUCAGCAAGCACGGCUGCACGAACGUGGUGCUGCAGAGAUGGUCCUUCAGAUGAUAAGUGCGAGCAAAGGUGAGAUGAGCCCCAUGGUGGUUGAGACACUGAAGCUGGGGAUUGCCAUUCUGAAUGGAGGCAAUGCUGGUGUGCAACAGAAAAUGCUAGAUUACUUAAAGGAGAAAAAGGAUGCUGGAUUCUUUCAAAGCCUUUCUGGUCUUAUGCAGUCUUGCAGUGUCCUUGAUUUGAACGCAUUUGAGAGGCAGAAUAAAGCUGAAGGCCUGGGGAUGGUUACAGAGGAAGGGACACUCAUUGUUCGUGAGCGCGGUGAAAAGGUACUCCAGAAUGAUGAAUUCACACAAGAUCUCUUUAGAUUUCUACAGUUGCUCUGUGAAGGACAUAACAGUGACUUUCAGAACUUCCUGAGGACUCAGAUGGGCAACACCACUACUGUGAACAUCAUUAUUAGCACCGUGGACUACCUUCUGCGUCUGCAGGAAUCAAUCAGCGAUUUCUAUUGGUACUAUUCAGGAAAGGACAUCAUUGAUGAAUCUGGACAGCACAAUUUCUCUAAAGCUCUGGCAGUCACCAAGCAAAUUUUUAAUUCUCUUACAGAGUACAUCCAGGGUCCCUGCAUCGGGAACCAGCAGAGCCUGGCUCACAGUAGGCUGUGGGAUGCAGUGGUUGGAUUCCUCCACGUAUUUGCUAACAUGCAGAUGAAGCUCUCUCAGGAUUCCAGUCAGAUCGAGCUGCUGAAGGAACUCUUGGAUCUCCUUCAGGACAUGGUGGUGAUGCUUCUGUCCCUCCUGGAAGGAAAUGUGGUAAAUGGGACUAUUGGAAAACAGAUGGUUGACACACUGGUAGAAUCGUCUACUAAUGUAGAGAUGAUCUUGAAAUUCUUUGACAUGUUCUUGAAACUUAAAGACUUAACCAGCUCAGACACCUUCAAAGAAUAUGACCCAGAUGGCAAAGGGAUCAUCUCUCGAAAAGAAUUUCAGAAGGCCAUGGAAGGUCUAAAGCAAUAUACACAGUCAGAGAUCGACUUUCUCCUUUCGUGUACUGAGGCUGAUGAGAACGACAUGUUUAAUUAUGUGGAUUUUGUAGAGAGGUUCCAUGAGCCAGCCAAGGACAUAGGGUUCAAUGUAGCAGUGUUACUGACAAAUCUCUCUGAACAUAUGCCCAAUGAUUCCCGUCUCAAGUGUCUGUUGGACCCAGCAGAAAGUGUGCUAAAUUACUUUGAACCAUACCUGGGUCGAAUCGAGAUCAUGGGUGGGGCCAAGAAAAUUGAGCGUGUUUAUUUUGAGAUCAGUGAAUCCAGUCGAACUCAGUGGGAAAAGCCUCAAGUGAAGGAAUCUAAGCGGCAGUUCAUCUUCGAUGUUGUCAAUGAAGGCGGGGAGCAAGAGAAGAUGGAGCUGUUUGUAAACUUCUGUGAGGAUACAAUCUUCGAGAUGCAAUUAGCAUCUCAGAUCUCAGAAUCGGACUCAACCGACAGGCCAGAAGAGGACGAGGAAGAGGAUGAAGAUUCUGCUUAUUCAGUAGAAAUUGAGGGGGAGGAGGAAAUUAAGUCUUUUGAGUCGGCCUCUGCAUUUGCCAUGGCCUGUGCCUCAGUAAAGAAAAAUGUCACCAAGUUUCUGAAGAGGGUAACCUUGAAGAACCUCAGGAAACAAUAUAGGAAUGUGAAAAAGAUGAGUGCAAAGGAGCUGGUCAGGGUGUUCUUCUCUUUCUUCUGGAUGCUGUCUGUGGGCCUCUUUCAGUUGCUCUUCACUAUCUUGGGAGGAAUCUUUCAGAUCCUCUGGAACACAGUGUUUGGAGGGGGCCUUGUAGAAGGGGCAAAGAACAUCAGAGUGACUAAGAUCCUAGGUGACAUGCCUGACCCCACCCAGUUUGGGAUCCAUGAUGAUGUAAUAGAGACUGACAGGGUAGAAGUGACUGAGCCAAGUGUCACCACUGAGCUGGUCCACUUUGUAAAGGGUGAGACGGGAGAUACGGAUAUCAUGUCAGACCUCUUUGGAAUCCACUCAAAGAAAGAAGGUGGCUUAAAGCAAGGGCCUGAAGUGGGAUUAGGUGACCUCUCUGAAAUUAUCGGCAAGGACGAACCCCCAACAUUAGAGAGUACUGUGCGGAAGAAAAGGAAAGCACAGGCAGCAGAGAUGAAAGCAGUACAUGAAGCUGAAGGAAAAGCUGAAUCUGAGAAGGCCGACAUGGAAGACAGAGAAAAGGAGGAUAAAAUCAAGGAGGAGGGACAAGCAGAGUACCUAUGGGCAGACGUGACAGUAAAGAAGACUCGACGGCGUGGUCAGAAAGCCGAGAAGCCAGAAGCCUUCAUGGCCAACUUCUUCAAAGGGCUGGAGAUCUAUCAGACUAAGUUACUGCACUACCUGGCCAGGAAUUUCUACAACCUGAGGUUCCUUGCUCUGUUUGUAGCCUUCGCUAUCAACUUCAUCCUGCUUUUUUAUAAGGUCACUGAAGAACCUUUAGAGGAAGAGACAGAGGAUGUUGCAAACCUGUGGAACUCCUUCAAUGAUGAUGAUGAGGAAGAAGCGAUGGUGUUCUUUGUCCUUCAGGAGAGCACUGGGUAUAUGGCACCAACACUGCGCGCUCUGGCCAUUGUCCACACCGUCAUCUCUCUGGUCUGUGUGGUGGGCUAUUACUGCCUGAAGGUGCCUUUGGUGGUAUUCAAAAGGGAAAAAGAAAUUGCCAGGAAGCUGGAGUUUGAUGGUCUAUAUAUCACUGAACAGCCAUCUGAAGAUGACAUCAAGGGGCAGUGGGACCGCUUGGUGAUCAACACACCAUCUUUUCCUAAUAACUACUGGGACAAGUUUGUGAAGAGAAAGGUGAUCAACAAGUAUGGAGAUCUCUAUGGAGCAGAGCGCAUUGCUGAACUCCUGGGUUUGGACAAAAAUGCCCUUGACUUUAGCCCAGUAGAAGAAGCCAAAGCAGAGGCGGCAUCUCUGGUGUCAUGGCUAAGUUCCAUCGACAUGAAGUACCAUGUUUGGAAGCUAGGGGUGGUUUUCACUGACAACUCCUUUCUCUACCUUGCCUGGUACACAACCAUGUCUGUCCUGGGCCACUACAACAACUUCUUCUUUGCUGCUCAUCUGUUGGAUAUUGCAAUGGGCUUUAAGACCUUGAGGACAAUCCUGUCAUCUGUAACUCACAAUGGCAAACAGCUGGUUCUGACUGUUGGCCUCCUGGCUGUGGUUGUUUACCUCUAUACUGUGGUGGCUUUCAACUUCUUCCGCAAGUUCUACAACAAAAGUGAAGAUGAUGAUGAGCCGGAUAUGAAGUGUGACGACAUGAUGACGUGCUACCUCUUCCACAUGUAUGUGGGCGUAAGAGCAGGUGGCGGCAUUGGUGACGAAAUUGAAGACCCUGCUGGUGACCCUUAUGAAAUGUAUCGCAUUGUCUUUGAUAUUACCUUCUUCUUCUUCGUCAUUGUCAUCUUGCUGGCCAUUAUUCAAGGUCUUAUUAUUGAUGCUUUUGGAGAGCUGAGGGACCAGCAGGAACAAGUUCGGGAAGACAUGGAGACUAAAUGCUUCAUCUGUGGCAUUGGCAAUGACUACUUUGACACAACCCCUCAUGGUUUUGAAACACAUACGCUGCAAGAACACAACUUGGCCAAUUAUCUAUUCUUUCUGAUGUAUUUGAUUAACAAGGAUGAAACAGAACACACAGGUCAGGAAUCCUAUGUGUGGAAGAUGUACCAGGAAAGGUGUUGGGACUUCUUCCCGGCUGGAGACUGCUUUCGAAAGCAAUAUGAAGAUCAGCUCGGAUAAAACUGAAUCCAUGACAAGCUAUGAUUCUCAACAGUCACCUCCGAAUGCAAUAGACUCCUUCUUUUACACUUUAAUGACAACAACAAAUAUAUUUGGUAAUUGAUUUGGCUUUUAAGCACAAAGGAUGGCAAAGUGUCAAGGACUCCACCUGACUGCUAACAGAACUCUCGGUUCUCAAAACAAUUCGUUCAUUGAGAUGGUUCAGAGAAAUGUGAACUCUUGAACACCUGAACAUCAUGCAAGAGGACCCCUGCCAAGGACUGAUGGGCAGAACUACACAAAACCGUGUUCAACUCAUGUUAACUGCGAUCUAAUUUUUCCAUGGUACUUGCUAGUGACUGUAUCCAGAAUCAGCUUGAAAAGCUUUAAGCAGCUAAAGAAAUAGAAAACAAACACUUUGUCGAAACUGAAAUAUCGAUUAAGUGCCUUACAAAUCUCUUUAGAUAUAGCUAUGCAAGUUUUUUAUGUUUGUGUUCCAGAAGGACAGCUCCAUUAAACAGCUGUGCUGCUCUUGUCUUACUCUGUGAAACUGCACUUGAAGGUUAUUUACUUCAUUUCUUCAGUAACAGCUUGUCAACUGCUGUUAUUUGAAGAAAGGCACUGUACUGAAAUUUCAGAAAAAUCUCAAUCUUAUACCAAACUUGAGUGAUGCUUUACGGUCCGUGUAAGUAGUGGAGCUGCCAUGUUUUAGGUCAAUCUCCUCCAAUAAAAUGAAGUGCCCACUGCAAUAAAGUAACACAUGCCA